AAGGCGCACGCGCUCGUCCCCGAAGGCUUGUGCGACGGCUGUGUUGCUAUGGGCCGGAGGAAGGUGACGGGCGCUGGGUCUCUGGGUCGGGCCAUUAUCCGCCAUCAGGCUCAGCGGAGCCGUAACCACCGUCACACCGACUCCUGGUUGCACACAACUGAACUCAAUGAUGGCUAUGAUUGGGGUCGUCUUAAUCUUCAGUCAGUGACUGAACAAAGCUCCCUGGAUGACUUCCUUGCAGUUGCAGAACUUGCAGGAACAGAGUUUGUGGCUGAAAAGCUUAAUAUUACGUUUGUGCCUCGUGAGGCUAGGACUGGACUGCUAUCUUUUGAGGAGAGCCAAAGAAUUAAGAAACUCCAUGAAGAAAACAAACAGUUCUUGAGUAUACCAAGGAGACCAAAGUGGGACAAACAAACUAGUCCUGAAGAACUCAAACAGGCAGAGAAAGAUAACUUUCUAGAAUGGAGACGUCAGCUUGUCCGGCUGGAAGAGGAACAGAAGCUGAUAUUGACUCCGUUUGAGAGAAAUUUGGACUUUUGGCGCCAGCUCUGGAGGGUCAUUGAGAGAAGUGAUAUUGUGGUCCAGAUAGUAGAUGCUCGAAACCCACUGCUGUUUAGAUGUGAGGAUUUGGAAUGUUACGUGAAAGAACUGGAUGCCAAUAAGGAGAAUGUUAUUUUAAUAAAUAAGGCAGAUUUGUUGACUGCAGAGCAGCGGAGUGCCUGGGCCUCCUACUUCGAAAAAGAAGACGUGAAGGUUAUUUUCUGGUCAGCUUUGGCUGAAGCGGUUCAGCUGAAUGGCACCCCGAAGGAACAAGUAAAUAGAGCUGCUGGAGAAACCAACACAGCUGAGUCUGAAAGCUCUGAUUUCGAAGAGGCUGAAAUUCCAAACAGUGAGACUGAACAUCUCCCAGGCAGGGAUUCUCCCUCACUUAGUGAAGGUGCCUCCCGUGAUGAAGAUGACAGCGAGUAUGAGGACUGUCAGGAAGAGGAGGAAGAAGAUUGGCAGACAUGUUCGGAAGAAGACAGCAACCUUGAAGAAGAGUCCUGUGGCCAGGACGGGAAGAAGAGCGCUCAGGACAGGAGAGCCCCACAGAAGAGGCAAACACACAAUUUUAGCCAUCUGGUGUCGAAACAGGAAUUACUGGAGAUCUUUAAGCAGCUACACACUGGGAAGACGGUGAAAGAUGGACAACUUACUGUUGGACUGGUGGGGUACCCAAACGUUGGUAAGAGUUCAACAAUCAACACCGUUAUGGGCAACAAGAAAGUGUCUGUGUCUGCCACACCUGGUCACACCAAGCAUUUUCAGACUCUGUAUGUGGAACCUGGCCUCUGCCUGUGUGACUGCCCAGGCCUGGUGAUGCCAUCCUUUGUCUCCACCAAGGCGGAGAUGACUUGCAGUGGAAUCCUCCCCAUAGACCAGAUGAGAGAUCACAUCCCACCCAUAUCACUAGUUUGCCAGAAUAUUCCAAGACAUGUUUUAGAAGCUACCUAUGGAAUUACUAUCAUAAAGCCCAGAGAGGAUGAAGACCCUCAUCGACCUCCAACCUCAGAAGAGCUGUUGACGGCUUAUGGAUAUAUGCGAGGAUUCAUGACAGCUCACGGGCAGCCAGACCAACCGCGAUCUGCACGGUAUAUCCUGAAAGAUUAUGUCAACGGUAAGCUGCUGUACUGUCAUCCUCCCCCUGGAACCGAUCCUGUGCUCUUUCAGCAUCAACACCGGCGGCUCUUAGAGGACAAAACGAGUAGCUAUGAAGUGAGAAUGCUGCCAGGCAGAAAUCAAAAGGCAAAGCAGAUUGAAAACAUAGUUGACAAAACUUUUUUUCAUCAAGAGAAUGUGAGAGCUUUGACCAAAGGCAUCCAGGCUAUGACGGGCUACAAGCCUGGGAGUGGCCUGGUGACUGCAGCUACUCUGAGCUCCGAGAUUGCAGCUGGAAAGCCCUGGAAAAAACAUGGCAACAGAAAUAAAAAAGAGAAAAGUCGUAGACUCUACAAGCACCUCGAUAUGUGACCUUGGGCUGCAACAGAAAUGGCAUCUGCAUUAUCCAGAUGGAAAAGGGCCGAAGCUGCUUGUUGCCUGUGGAACUUUUUCAGGACACCGGCGCUGCAGAAUGGACCCUGCAGUUGUGGAGCACAGCCGAGCCCAGCAGUCCUGAUACCAAGACUGAAAGGCUGCUGGAGAUGCCCACUCUGACAGAAGGAGUCAUCUUGGAGCCCCAGACACCUACUCCUAGAAAAGACUGGACUGAAGAUGGGUGAAUGAAGGAUGAAAGGAUGUCUGUGUGUAAAUACAUAUAGAAAGGCAUGCUAAUUUGUAAGGGGUAUUUUUUUUUUUAAGAUUAAAAUCAAAUUGCUACUAACAUGUUUAAGUAAACAUGUAUACUACCA